CAAGUCAGUGGCAAGCCGCGGCGAGUCAUGACCACACGCGUGAUGUUAGUCAUUCAAAAAUGAGAAACAUUAACAAAUAAACGAUUCUGUGAUAAUGUGCCGAUUUCUUUAUAGUGUUUUAAUUGUCUUAGCUUGUAAAAGUUACUUGCCAGUAAUUAGUCAGUAUGUAGACUCCCCGUGCCCCGAGACUUUUGAGUAUCAACGUGAUGGUAAUGGAGUGUACGGAGUGAUACAUCUGAAGCCCAAUGGACCUGCGUCUAGCGUUGUGGUUAAUUUUACGAUAGCAGCUAGACUUGUUUCGAAUUAUCCAGGCCGCCUACAGCCAAUUAAAACCUCAGGGUUACAAUUCAAUCAAGACUCGUCCAUAGACUACCGAGUUGAUUUCCCCGUCACCACACCCUUACCGAAGCUGACCUACCUCAUCGUCAACGGCAGGGUGUUAUGCCACGGCCCUGGAGAUGUGGCCCGGCCUGAUUUAUACGUGACCACAAUCAGUCUGCGGCAUAUGCUGAAUAUACGAGUACGAGGGGGAAGACCGGAAAAUCCGGGCUCUAUUAAACUCAUAUCUUCAUCACCGGACGUUGACGUGUUCGAAAUUAACGUGGAUGGUGAUCGUACCGGCACUUGGAAUGACGGAAAUCAACGUACUCAACGGCCAGCGCCGCCAUCACCACCACCACAAGACGAAUACUAUCUAUUAGAAUUACCACAGCACACCACAACUACUAGAAGACCACAACAGCAGCCGCAAACUCAACAGCCAGCGUCGCCCCCACCACCACCAGACGAGACCUAUCUAUUAGAAUUACCACUCCACACCACAACUACUAGAAGACCACAACAGCAGCCGCAAACUCAACAGCCAGCGCCGCCCCCACCACCACCAGACGAGACCUAUCUAUUAGAAUUACCACUCCACACCACAGCUACUAGAAGACCACAACAGCAGCCGCAAACUCAACAACCAGCGCCGCCACCACCACCACCAGACGAGGGCUAUCUAGUAGAAUUACCACUCCACACCACAGCUACUAGAAGACCACAACAGCAGCCGCAAACUCAACAGCCAGCGCCGCCACCACCACCACCAGACGAGGGCUAUCUAGUAGAAUUACCACUCCACACCACAACUACUAGAAGACCAACAUCCACAACUCCUCCGCCACGACCUCAAACUACUUACCCAUCAAUGCCUUCACGAACCCGAACGGAAGAUGAAGGAAGCUUCAGCUCUGAGUGUGGCUUAGUUGCGGGAGGCAACGAGCAUGUGCCCCUCGUCUUCCACGGCACUGGCUACACGCGAGGGGAUUGGCCGUGGCUGGUCGCCAUGUAUAAGCGAAUGGAAGGCAGCCUCACGUUUGCCUGCUCUGGGACGCUGGUAUCCGAUCGACAUGUUGUGUCUGCUGCACACUGCCUGCAGCAAAGAAGUACGCUGACCUCAAUCAGAGAUAUCGUAGUCAAAGUCGGCGUGCAUAACUUGGAAGACUGGGGUGAUGAUAUCGUCGUCACCAGGACUUUGGAAUCGGCCAUCAUCCAUGAAGAGUUCAAUUCUACGACGUAUACAAAUGACCUUCUUGUGCUCACAUUUGAUAAAAGCGUAGAGUUCAACAACAACAUUAGGCCGGCGUGUCUCUGGAAUGGGAACAACGAUCUCAACAGGAUAGUGGGAUCUUCAGGGGUGGUAGCUGGUUGGGGGUCAAGCGAACUAGGCCCAGGCAGCAAAGGCAAAGGUGAACCCCGCAUGGUGCGGAUACCCAUCGUCACCACCAGCAUGUGUCGGGCCAGCAGGCCUGACUUCCACGUUUUUACGAGCAACCACACGUUCUGCGGAGGUGAUCGUAAUGGCGCUGGUCCUUGUUUAGGGGACUCCGGUGGAGGAUUAUAUAUUCUGGACGGAGGUCGCUGGCGCCUCCGCGGCGUAGUCUCACUGUCACUUCGACCAGAAAAUGGAGAAUCUACAUGCAACCUCAACGAAUACGUUAUUUUCACUGAUGCAGCGAAGUUUAUAGAGUGGAUUAAAAAAGUCAUAAGUAAUAAAUUUUGAUAGUGCUUUUGAAAUUGACUGUUGGCAAUAGAAAAUAAUUAG